UGGCAUCCCUGAUCAACGCGCAAUCGAAAUAUCGAAGCGGCAUAAUCGAUAGCUUGUGUAUCCCUUGCAACCGUGGCUGCUACAGCCACAGUUUAAAUUAACUUUGAGCAUUUGCUCAGUUUUCUGCCGUAUAUUUUCGUAAAAGUUCUGAGAGUGUGCAUUGAAUAGGGGCAAGCGAAGCCGUUACUCGAUCUCCAGCAAAAACGGGGAUAGGAUAAUCCAAGGGGCCGCCUGUCGAGGACCCAGGCGAGGGCAAAAAAUCGGAUCAACCGACAGACAAAGCUGAACUACGGUCGUCGGCGACAAAGUGCGCUGUGCCCACGGACGACCAGAGAGAAUCGGUACGCGAGCGAGUUUUUUUUUUCGCGUUUCAGUUUGGAUUUCAGUUACCUGCGCGCAACAACUCUGCUGUACAGCAGUAAGCAGCGGUCCGUAACUUGAGUUUCUGGCAAAGAGUACCACUAUCCGGUGGCCCCAGUUCCGCGUCCGGCAGGCCAAACUACGUAAGCGGGCGAAAGUGGCCCGUGCAGUGAGAUCCGUGUGGCAGCGUCUUUGGUUGUGUGCUUCUGGGGCAGCAGAGUACCAGCUCCGCAGUGCUCGUGUUCGCUAGUGCUCGUGUUUGGCCACAGCUAGCAUCCUGGAGAAGCAAAACAAGCGCGCCCAGCUCAUCCGGGACAAGAUGGUGUUGGCGGAGCGCAACACCACGGACGUGGUGCGCAACGGGCGUCGGUCGCGCGGUCCCAGUCCCAAUACGCACACCACGGGCGGCGUCACCAACAGCGCCAGCCUCGUGGGCAGCGGCAACAACAGCGGCAACUCCGGGAACGCCAAUGCCAAUGAAAAGACCACCACAGCUGUGCCAGGUGCGGGCACGCCGGAGAGCUCGGACGACGACAACUCCACCAAGCGGAAUGGCAAGAGCAAGGCAAAGCAGUCUGAGUACGAAGAGAAAAUCCGCGUUGGACGCGACUACCAGGCGGUUUGUCCGCCGCUCGUUCCGGAGGUAGAACGACGCCCGGAACAGAUGAACGAACGCGCCCUCCUCGUCUGGUCGCCCACCAAGGAGAUCCCCGAUCUGAAAUUGGAGGAGUACAUCUCGGUGGCCAAGGAAAAGUACGGCUACAACGGAGAACAGGCUUUGGGCAUGCUCUUCUGGCACAAACACGAUCUGGAGCGGGCCGUAAUGGACCUGGCCAACUUCACACCCUUCCCGGACGAGUGGACCAUCGAGGACAAGGUGCUGUUCGAGCAGGCCUUCCAGUUCCACGGGAAGAGCUUCCACCGGAUCCGCCAGAUGCUGCCAGACAAAUCCAUAGCCAGUUUGGUCAAGUACUACUACUCGUGGAAGAAGACGCGUCACCGCAGCAGCGCUAUGGAUCGCCAGGAGAAAACCAUCAAAGCGGUGGUCAAGGAUGGCUCCGAGAACGGCAGCGAGGUGGGCAGCAACGAGGAGUCUGAUAACGAUGACAAGAAGCACCACGGCACCAAUAGCACCACAAAUGUCACCGACGCCACCACGACAUCAACCAACAACACCACCACCACUAACUCCACCUCCACUUCCCCCGCAAACACCACUGCCAACACGAUCAACAGCAACCAAAGCAGCAACAACAACAGCAGCGGCGGCGGUAGCGGUGGCAAUGCCAACAACAUCAGCAACAGCAACGGGGAGGAGAACAACCAGGGCGGCGGGAGCAACAGCAGCAACACGAGCAACAACGAUAUGGACGCCGAGCAUUUGUCCCUCCUCGCUGGAAAUGCCCAGGGCGACGAGAUGCUGGGACUCGGCCUAUCCGGCGAUGCUGCCAUCGGCACCAAUGGCAGCAACAACAACGGCGAGAUGGGGGGCGAUCCCAGCCAGCUGCGACGCGUGGUUGUGGGCGGAUUUUGCAAGAUUUGCAACGUGGUCUGUCAUGUGCUGCACGAUUCGCCGCUGGGGCGCAUGUGCAAGAGUUGUCACACCCACUGGAGGCGCACGGGCAACCGGCGACCCAUUUCCGGGCCGGAGAGCAAUGCUCCCCGAAGGUCCACACACAACUGCGCCGUCGCUGCCGAUCGAUCCAAGCGCAAACCGCCCAAGGGCAUGUACAUCAACCACGACGACCUCACGGCCCUCGCCAGCUGCAAGACUCCCAGUGUCUACUUGGCGGAACGCGAUCGGAAGAUCUCAGCCCUCAUGGCCGAAAUACAAAAGAAUAGACAAAUGAUGGAGCAGCUGGACAAGGAGUGUGACUCCAUCAAUGUGGAGGAUGUGGUUUCCAAGCCGGCGGCAGCCAACACCGAACCUGCACAACCUCGCAUUUCUGCCAGAUGGUUGCCAGACGAGAUCCAAAUUGCUCUGCUCGCGAUCCGCGAGUACGGAAAGAACUUUCCUAUGAUUGCCAAGUUGGUGACCACCAAAACGGAGGGGCACGUGCGCACCUUCUACUUAAACAAUAGACGUCGAUACAAUCUCGACCAGAUCGUAAAGGAGUACGAGGCUGGCAAGUCCGAGGAGUCGGGCGCGGAGGAACAGAGCGAGCCAGUUAUCGAUGCAGCUGCAGCUGCCUCAGCAACCGCAUCUGCUCCCAGUGCGGCUGAUACCGCAUCCGCCACGAGUGCGACGGCAGACAGAAAACAGUCCACCGAAACCAGCAACAACGGAGUCGAGGCCAUCCAAGAAAUAUUGCCCAAAAAGGAGGACCCAAAGAAGCCGGAGCUGGGAGCGGCUGCGCUAAAGACUGUAGUAGCUGAGGCAGCAGAUACCACGCCCACUGCAGCAUCCAGCGGCAGCUCCAGCACCGUCGCUGGCGGCACCGUUGCCGCCAUCUCCGCCAGUAAGCCCAGCAGCAGUGCUACAAUUACCAUUACAGAUGAGUCUGACACGGCCACGAAUUCGAGCAGCGACGUUGUCACCACUGGGCCUGCCGCAGCCACCGGCUCGUCCUCACUGUCCAUCGCAAGUUCUGCGCCCGCACCCAAGUCGCAAGCCAGCAGCGAGGAGCUGUCCGCUCAGAAGUCCAAUCCCGCGAGUGGGAUCGUCGCCACAGGAGCUGCAACGGGCGGAAGCCCGACCGCCAAUACCGUCAGCAAGCGGGAUGGCUCCGCAAUGGCCGUCGCCGAGCAGCCACCGGCCAAGAAAAUCGCGCUUAGCAGCAGCGGCGGAGGCGGAAGCGGAAGCGGCGGCGCAGAGUUCCUGACCAAGUGAGGAGGUCCCUGCGGCGCCGGAGACGUGUUCACUCGCGAUAUAUAUGCACGCAUAGAUAUAUACCGAUACAUAACAUAGCUUGAUGUUGGGGGCAACGUCCAAGAACUGUGCAGCCGGCCAUGCGGUUGAUCGUUGUAUUAGUUCUUUUUUUUUUUUUUCUAAUUGUCUUGUAAACUUGGGACGCAUUUAUCGUAAAAAAGCAUCACGGCUUCAUCUAGGCUUGUAGAAAUUAGUUCGUUUGUAUUUGGGGUAAAAUUGAGAAGAUUCGGCAUAUUACACAACUCUUAACCGGGGAUCGUACGUACAUACAUAAGCACUUUAACUCAUUUACGUAAUCUUUGAGUCCGGAGC